AUGUCGUGUUCAUUAGAAAAUGUAUUGUCUGACGCCAAGUCGCUGGUGGAAAGACUUCGCAACCAUGACAAUGCAGCGGAGGUACUUAUCGAACAGACAACGUCCCUUAACAAGAGGGUUGAGGCCAUGAAACAGUAUCAGGAGGAGAUUGAGUCGCUGAACCGGGUAGCCCGACAUCGGCCCCGUUCCAGCCUCGUCAUGGGCAUCCAGCAGGAAAACCGGCAGAUCCGUGACCUACAGCAGGAAAACACAGAGUUGAGAACCUCCCUGGAGGAACACCAGUCUGCCAUAGAGCUCAUCAUGACUAAAUACAGGGAGCAGGUCUUCAGACUCCUCAUGGCCAGUAAGAAGGACGACCCAGCCAUCGUCAACCAAUUAAAGGAGCAGCACACCACUGUGAGUGACCCACCCUCUUCUAGUGUCACAUCACACUCAGGAGCUACCCUUUCUUCUUGUAUCGAAGAAGUUCAAAGCAAAUAUUUAUAUUGUUUCUAUUCUAUGACUCUGCAGGAAAUGCAAGCGCACAUAGAAAAGAUCAACGAGAUGGCUACGGUGAUGAGGAAGGCCAUCGAAGUGGACGAGGGGAGGUUGUGUGAAGAUGAGGAGAGGAUCAAGCAACUAGAGCUGGAGAACAGUGGUCUUCGUGAGCUGCUAGGGAUCAGUCGAGAAGCCUUCCUAGUUCUGACGAGAGAGGAGGCCUCGGAAAGCACAUCCCUGUCUGCCCUGUUGACCAGUGCCGACAUCAGCCUCCGGAAGAGUUAGGCCCACACCAGCACGAGCUUGGAGUGUGUGUGUAUGCGCCCCCACCUUGUACAGACCAUACCCCCAAUCACCUACAGCCACACAGACUCCCAGAGUGCACUCAACAACGAACGAUGCCCCAGGUCAUACUGCCGCCCAACUGUCACACUACAUUGGAGGUAUACAGUAGGAAGUCUCUGAGACAAAUGGGAAAAUCCUCCAGCAGUUUAGUCUGUCAUGCAUUUUUAGUCUUGGCACGCAUUGUGCUAUAUCUGAUGAGCCUGUGGGGUUUUAAAGUGUGAAUGAGUGAAAGUGCUGCUCUUGAAUGACAAUAAAACACUUGAAAGAAA